AUGAGGCUGUCACUGCUGCUGCUACUGUUACUGCUGGGGGCUUGGACCAUCCCGGGAGGCCUUGGGGACAGGGCUACUCUCACGGCCACUGCCCCACAGCUGGAUGAUGAGGAGAAGUACUCGUCUCAUAUGCCUGCUCACCUGCGUUGUGACGCCUGCAGGGCUGUGGCCUACCAGAUGUGGCAACAUCUGGCAGAGGCCGAGGCUAAGCUUCAUACCCUUGGGUCUGGGGGCCGGCGAGAACUGAGUGAGUCUGCGUACACAGACAUCCUAGACCGAAGUUGCACCCAGAGCUGGCAGGGCUACGGGGUCCAAGAAGUGAACCAGGUAAAACGGCUCACGGGACCAGGACUCGGCAACGGGCUAAAGCCAAGCAUCAGUGUGAUGGUCACAGGGGGCCCUUGGCCCAACAGGCUCUCCAAGACAUGUCUGUACUACCUGGGAGAAUUUGGAGAAGACCAGAUCUAUGAAGCUCACCAACAAGGCCAAGAGGUGCUGGAGUCAUUGCUCUGUGGAGAACCACAGGGGCCCUGCUCGGAGGAGACCCCAGCCCCAAGAGAAGAGCUCUAA